AAAGCAUUCACAAACAAAACGUAGACGCGCGGUUUCUUGAGUGUCUCAGAUUAUCUUAACUUUUAACGACCGUGCGUUGCUAACUAAGCUCAGGCUCGAUGGAUCAUCUUUGUGGGAUUGCGAACGCGCUACCCUAGGCUGAUCGAAGGUCGACGAGCGAAGAUACGAUUAGAUAAACCUCCACUAAGGUCACCCUAAUAAGCACUUCGUGCGAAGAUGUCGGACGACGUGGUGGAUACGUUUCCGGGCGUUAAUGAGCUCGUGAGUCGUGCCAGCGACAUAUUCCGCUCGAUCUUCAGGCAAGAACCGACCAACUACGGCGCGGCGCCCGGCAGAGUGAAUUUGAUCGGCGAACAUGUCGACUACUGUGACGGAUUGGUCCUGCCCAUGGCCCUGCCCAUGGGCACAGUGGUGGUGGGUGCCAAGGCGGCGCCCGACGCCUGCUGCCAGGUCGUAAGCUCCAACGUGCCGGGAGCGUCCUCACACCACUCUGCGUGCAGUUUCCCCCUGCCUACAGCCCACCAAGAAUUGCUGCCAGGGGAGCCCGCCUGGGCCAACUACGUCAAGGGCGUCGUCGCAAACUUCCCAGGUCCGUUGGUCCCCUUCAAUGCUGUGGUGGCCAGUUCUGUCCCCAUUGGUGCUGGCCUGUCCAGUUCUGCUGCUCUCGAAACUGCCACCUUCUUCUUCCUGGAAUCUCUGUUGGACAAGCCACUUGACAUCAGCAACACAGAGAGGGCGCUAUGCUGUCAACGAGCGGAGCACCAGUUUCCCAAGGUUCCCUGCGGCAUCAUGGACCAGUUCAUCUCGUGCAUGGCUCGCCGCGACCAUGCCCUGCUCUUGGACUGCAGGUCACUGGAAGCGAAGCCGAUGCCUCUGGCGCUGGGUUCAGCGCUGGUGCUCGUGACGGACACGCACGUCAAGCACGACCUAAGUAGCGGAGAGUACUCCCAGCGGAGAGCUAGCUGCCACGCGGCCUCUCGCAUUCUGGGAGUGAGUCUCAGAGACGCUUCUCUGGAACAGUUACAAGCCCACAGGGAAGAGCUGACGACCACGCAGUACGCAAGGGCACGGCACGUGAUCUCCGAGAUCGGCCGCACAGCCGCCGCGGCGUCGGCCCUUCUCGACGGAGACCUUCGGCGGUUUGGUCAGCUCAUGAACGAGAGCCACCAGUCUCUCCGGGAUGACUUCGAGGUGUCCUGCCCAGAGUUGGACGAACUUGUGGAACUGACGCUGUCGUACGGCAACGGAGUUUACGGCACGCGGAUGACUGGCGGUGGGUUCGGGGGCUGCACGGUCACCCUGGUGGAAGGGUCCGCGCUCGAGGGUCUACUUAAGCACCUGAAGGCCCACUACAAAGGACAACCCACAUUUUACGUCUGCCAUCCAGCCGACGGGGCGUCUGCUAAGGCAAUCAUCGCCUGACGCCCGCUCCUGCCGGGGGACACUACCCGCCGCCGACAAGACUGUGCUGCAGAUGCAACUCAACACUCGUCUGCAAAGCCAAAGCCUUUCUUUUUUUUUUUUUUUUUGCACCACCGAUUGUUCGGCUGGGGAGUGGUGCCUGAAACUUGUCCCGAUUUAUAUUACCCCGAUUUCAGCACGACGACGUCGAAGAAGUGUCGGGCUGUUGUCUGCAACCCUGGCAGUGGCACGGCAGAAGAGGUAGAUGAGGGAGACGCCUGUCCCGCCAGAAGCCGCCCUCCAACUCGACGGCCAAUGGAAACUUAAAAGGGGCACUCAAGUGGAUUCCGAGAUUGUCUAUUUACCGUCAUAACUCGAUCUAUAGGGUCUAAGCAUCCUAAAAAAACCCGAAAUUACAUUCAAGGGCGGCCGAUCUCUCUAUUAAAAAUUGAAUCAAAGAUUGGGCUAUCCUCCCUUUCCUGCACCGUGGCGCAGAACACCAGCAGGCGGCACCUGACAGGAAGGCAGCAGGUAAGGGCAGGCGACAGCCAAUCAGGGGGACAGUUUACCGGCGGACUCAAUUUUCAAAUAUGCACGCCUUCGAAAAAUUAGUUCGCCGGGAAACCGCCACUCAUGAUUGGCUGUCGCGUGCCCUCCCCUGCUGUCUUCCCUUUCCGUGGCACUCCCUGGUGUCCUGCGCCACGGCGCAGAAGGAGGGCCGUGGCACUAUCUUUGAUUGGACUUGUACUAGGGAAAUUGGCCGCUCUUGAAUGUAGAUGCGGGCUUUUUAGGGUGCUUAGAGCCCGUAGAUUGGGCUAUGACAAUAAAAAAGACGAUCUCAGAAUCCACUUGAGUGACCCUCUAAGAAGCACCUACAAGCUGGAAGGCAGCCAUGACGACGGCGAGACUCAUCCGCUUUUAUGUUUUGCCGGGACUGAUACGACUAACUGCCGGGGUCGCUACAUCCAACAGCAUUGAGUGAGUGCAGUCAAAGAUGCUAAGCACAUCUGUCAGAGAUGCAUUCUACACACUCUGGGAAGGGAAGGGGGACGUCUAUUGGGAGAAAGCAAUCGACGAGGUGAAACCGCAAACGACACUUCUGUUCGGCACCUCCGCAGUCCGGAACCCAGGGAAGACAUAUUUAGAGGUGCGCCAUUGGGUGCUCAGCACUUUCAUUGGGGGCACAUCAUGACUAUGCUGUGCCCCACAAGUUUUGCAUGGCCCUAAGAGCGUUUUGCCUGAGCAAGCUCUUGUGCAAAGCAUUUUGCGGGAGUAUGUGCUUCCGCAUGUUGCGGCGACUUAACAUGUUUUGCCUUUGCUGCCGCAAAAAGCCAAAUGGGACGCUAUGAAUGUUAAUGCUACGAGAUGUCGAGGUCGGUCUAGCCUCGAGAUACGACGAUGCUCCAGUAUUUAGCCAGCGCGAACGGGCUGCUAUCCUGAAGUCCUUUAACAUGCAUCAUGCUAAAGAGAUUACUCGACCACGCUGUAGCACAAAGUUGGUUUUUGCCGUAGAAUGCGGACCUAGUCACGUGUCCAAGUGGCAUAGAGAGACUGUUCCCGCGAGCUGGGAAAUAUGAAAACGGCUUCAUUUUCAUCAUUCCCUUCUUUUUGGCGCUCCUUAAAAAAUGGAAAGAAAAAAAAAAAAAAAAGCUGUGGAGCAGUUGAUCAAAAAAUGUUACAUGCAGAGUGCCCUCACAUUGCAUGCACACUAUACUUUGUCUCAUCCUACGAUGGACUAAAGGCCAAAGCCACGGGCCGCAAGGUCCAAUCACGUUGCAAGCUAAAAUAUGACAUGCUUAGCAUUGGUUAGGGGUGGACAAAUGAUCCUCAGAGUCCAAAAGCGCGGCAUCAUUUUUAUAGCUUCGACACUGCAAAGAGCCUGUAUGACAUAGCUUUUUCUUGCAAUGUAAAAUUGCCGAGUCACUCAGUGCUAUUCAAUCCAAACUACCCUCCGCCCCUCCCCAUUAGCGAUUCGAGACGCGGUGCCGAUAUGCGCAUCAAAGCAAAAUACCACGCAACUUGUAAGAGGCUCGUGAUUGGAUCUGGCGGUCCGUAGCUUCUGCCUUUAGUCCAUCGUAGGGUGAGACGAAGUAUAGGUUUAUUGUGCUGUCUUGUGCACAAGUCAACAAUAUCAUAAGCAAGAGCAACACAGCGAGUUCUUAACACAAGCACCUGAAGUGAUGGAAAGUGUCGAUUUGGGGGCUUUCACAUCUUAAAAUAUUUAGUCUGCUCAUUGCUCGUCGACAUAUUUAAAGGAGGGCCGCUUUACACCCUAGUUGAGCCUAUUUAGUGUGGUGCAUCAUGGCAGUCACCGAACAGUGCUCUCUCCCAAUAGACUCAUUGCCAGGCAAGACCAAAGGCCAGCUUCUGGCAAAGGUUGGCAGUUUUUUGCCAGCUGUCGUGGUAGACUAGCCUUCCAUCUUGCCACACAAGCUAGCACACAGAGUAGAAGCCUGGUGAAGGCAGUGACGCAAAAAUCAAUUGAUAGAGUGCAAAAAAAAAAAAGGCAUAAACAGUUUUUAAAUUUUUUAUGCUGGAGUCAUUUGGCCUCUACACGAAAUGCUAGUCAAAUGUUUGUGCAAUACUAUAUUUCUAACCAAGAUGUAGAAAGCAAUUUUCUAAUCCCUGCCAAAUAAAGAUACUUUGGAGACGUG